CGCAACUUCUACGCAACUCUUCUCACUUCUUUUGUGUCACCACCAUCUCUUAUUAAUGUUUACUUCCUCCUCCACCUUGCCAUUUGCCUAACGACAGAAUCAAAAUGGCCGACGUAGCAAUCUCAAAACAAUCCAAAAGGUCGUCUCGCAAGAGCUUCAAGCUCAAGCUCCCCUUCCUCCGCCGCCAGGCCGAUGUCUCGAUGCCCACCGAAGUCUCUCCCCCCUCCUUCCGAACUAAGGUGGAUCGGACCGAUGAGCUUCGUGAGGUCUUUCGACACUUCGAUCAAGAUCGAGAUGGUAAGAUAUCGGGAGGAGAAUUGAGAGCCUUCUUCUUGUCGAUAGGGGAGGAGAUUCCGGCCGAGGAGGCGGAGGCGGCGAUCACCGAACUUGACUCGGAUGGUGACCGACUUUUGGACUUUGGAGACUUUGUGGGGUUGAUGGAGAAGGAGUUGGGAGAGGAAGAGGAUGAGGACUUGAGGAAGGCGUUUGAGAUGUUUGAGGUGGUGAAAGGGUCGGGAAGGAUUACGCCCAGGGGAGUGCAGAGAAUGCUCAGCCAGCUCGGCGACGAGCGGUCUAUCGAGGAGUGCAAAGCCAUGAUAAGGGCUUAUGACCUCGACGGCGAUGGUGAGCUUGACUUCCAUGAGUUCCACCGGAUGAUGAACUAAAGUUUUUGUUGGCUAAAGAGUGAGAGAGUAUGUGCGUACAAAUUAAGAAACGUUCUCUCCACUGCUGUUUGUCUCGGAACAAAAGGUUUGCUCAUGACAUGAGAUUGUAUUCCAUCUAGUUUUGUGUUGUGAUUACUGUUGAAUGCUUGUGUUUUGAUUGUAAAUGGGCCGCGUUUGUGGAUGCCAGGCCAAUUUAAGAGUACUGGAUUUUUAGUGGUUUAGGUGAAAUAAAGGUUGCUACCGUGUAACUUGCUUCCCAAGUGUUCCUGUAUUCGGCUACAACAACCAAUAUAUGUCUUCUUUUAAAAUUC